UCUCUAGAGAAGCAAAGCGAUCGAUUUUGCGAACCGCGCGGCCCUCUCUCCACGAAGUCCAAGCGCGCUCAUAGCUAGAGAUCAGUAGAGUAGAACUUUCUAGCUCGCAUUCUUCUUGUUUGUGUGCUUCUUGCUCGAAAAUUUUGGUUUCUUUUGUGUGUUGAUGGCAGCCCAGGGCACGGCGACUUGCUCUACUCCCGGCAGAGCCCCGUGCCUCAUCUCGAAUCCGCCGAGGAAGACGCCGGGGAAGCUCCAGCUCCAGAGCGAUCGAUUCAUCCCAGAUCGCAGCGCCAUGAAUUUCGAUGUCGCAAAUAUGCUCGUGCUCGGCAAGGAGAACUCGCAUUCUCAGCAGCAGCAGCAACAGCAGCAGCAUCUGAGGUACGAUUGCUGCCAGGAAGAGUACAAGAAGCAGCUCGCCGAGAAUCUCUUGAAAGACGCCAACAUCCUCCACAAGGAGAGCCGGAUUCUUGCCUUCAAGAACAGGCCUCCGCCGCCUCCCGAGGGAUUUGACAAGGAAUCCAGGCUCUUGUACAGCGAGAACACGGCUCCGGGCGCUUCCAGGCCUCGCAAGAUGUUUAGACACAUUCCCCAGGCUCCAGAGAGAACUCUCGACGCACCCGAGAUUCUAGACGACUACUACCUCAACUUGCUCGACUGGGGAUCAAACAACGUGGUCGCGGUCGCUCUCGGACACACCGUCUACCUCUGGAACGCGAGCACGGGUAACAUCGAAGAGCUCAUGCAAGCAAACGAGGAGGACGGUCCCGUGACUAGCGUUGCUUGGGCGCCCGACGGCAAGCAUAUCUCUGUCGGCCUUAGCAAUGCGGACGUGCAGCUCUGGGAUUCAUUGUCUCUUCGCCAGGUGCGAUCUCUCAAGGCCCACUCUGCUCGAGUUGGAAGCCUGGCCUGGAAUGGUCCGAUUCUCAGUACCGGGGGUCGUGACAACGUUAUCUUCAACCAUGACGUUCGCAUCCGUGAGCACGUAACUGGCAAGAUGGUAGCACACCAGCAGGAAGUUUGCGGCUUGAAGUGGUCGCCUUCUGGACAGCAGCUGGCUAGCGGUGGUAAUGACAACCUUCUUCACGUCUGGGAUGCCGCCGCUGCUGUUUCCGGUGGUACAAGCUCGUAUCUGCAUCGUCUGGACGAGCAUCAAGCGGCUGUCAAAGCCCUUGCCUGGUGUCCUUUCCAGAGCAAUCUCUUGGCCUCCGGGGGUGGCACUGCAGACCGAUGCAUCAAAUUCUGGAACACGCACACUGGAGCUUGCAUCCAAAGCGUCGACACGGGCUCUCAGGUGUGCGCGUUGCAGUGGAGCAAGCAUGAGAGAGAGCUGCUAAGUUCGCAUGGAUUCAGCCAGAACCAGUUGAUCUUGUGGAAGUACCCGUCUAUGGUGAAGAUGGCGGAACUUACCGGUCACACAUCCAGAGUCUUGCACUUGGCGCAGAGUCCUGAUGGCUACACAGUUGCUUCUGCCGCUGGAGACGAAACACUCAGGUUCUGGCAAGUCUUUGGCAAUCCCGACACAGCGAAAGCAGCGGUUCGAACGAAGGCAAGGGAAACAUACAGUGCCUUGAACAGUCGCUGUAUUCGGUAAGCGUAUUGAUUUCUUGUAAGUUUGCAUUGCUUCCGGAGCUUGUAUGUAUGAUGCAUCCAUGUCUUAGGUUAGGAAGUCCAUGAUCGCGAACCAGCGCGAUCGUGGCAAAAUGGCGUUCCUCGACGCCAUCGGUUCUAAUACUUCUCUGUGAGUGUUUUCUGUUUUUCUAUUUUUCUUUUUACAGUUCUGCGCAUGGAGAAACAUGCAAUUUUCAAAAAACACAGGACGAGCCAUGAACUACCAUAGGAGAUAGGCUGCCCAGCUCUAAUGAUGAUAAUAAGAUCAGGUCGCAGCGCUCGUCCCCACCCCAAACACCACCAGGUCAUUCCUUUCAUGUUGUUCCACGUUUUUUUUUCUCGCUAAGAGCAACUACACAGGGUCCAGACGCAGUUUGUGGAGAGAGAUGGAGAGAACUUCCUUAGAGCCUUGUGAGCAACGCAAACAUCUCCUCGGACUCUCCAAACUCCCACUCGGCAUACGUGGCCUGGUCAAGUGCAUCACCGUGGCCCUCCUCUUCCUCUUCCUGGGUGUGAACCAGGAUACUGUUCCAUUCUCUCCAGUCACGGGGCUCCUCUCUCGUCGGAUCAAAGCAGUGUGGUGACCGCAGGCGUAGUAGCUGCCGCACAAACAAUGGUGCUUCCGCUGGACACCCGGUACUCGUCUCAUGGACGACAACCAUGCUCGGUUCCUUCUUCGCCAGCAGAUGGCUACUUAUCGUUGUCAAUCUCAGGUUUGUCUCCAUACCUGAUGGUAGACGAUCAGGAUUGUCAAGCCUGCAGCAUACCGAGCAGAUUUUCACGAUCAAGGAAAAAGCAAGAACUACAAUGAGUGCAUACCAGCGGAAUAGCGGCCUUUUCCAGCAACGCCAUUUAGCGAUCACGUCCUCGUCUGCCGCUGGCUGAAAAGAGUUAUGUUAAACGAGGCAAGAAAUGAAACACCAAUUACUAUGA